AUGAUACAAAGUUCUAUAUUGAAUGAAGACACACAAGAUACAGCUAAAAUUCAAUACAGCAAAGGUGUAUUAGAUAUGGUAGUUCCACAACCGCUUCAUGAUCUUCUACAACAGUUUGAGAUGGAAGUUGAAGAGCCAUUUGACCAGAUAGAAGCAGAGAUCGCACAGUAUGUUGUAGCUGGAUAUGUUGCAAGUCGAUUUUCUACCAGGUAUCCCGAAUUAGUUGGGAGUCCUAAGUCACCGAAAAAUCCAAAUUGGAUAGACUUUGUUAGUAAAGGCAAUCUUAAGACUCCAUCCGAUAAUCUUUUCCAAGCAGUACAAAUAAUGGAAAAAUAUUUCAAAAACUUGCAUGGAGACGGUCUGUCAAAUGAAAAACAAAUAUUUAAAAAUCUUACCAAUACACUGACACCACACAUUGAACAUCUUAAUAUCCCAACAGAGGUUGUUCAGUGUUUAGUCCGAACUCGUACAUACUUUCGCCUCAACAAUUUAAAUAGACAAAUCAUAGACCAACAAUUUCAAACAAGAGAUAGAAAAAAAAUUAAAAAAUUAAUAAAAUGA